UUUCUUGAGCCAGAACUGUUUCGGAAUUCCAGCUCUCCCAGAGCUGUCCUGUUGCACCGGUUCGGCUCCGAAGAAGAGACGCCCAAGCCGAGCUCCGGGACUCCGAGCUCGCGUGCCAUGCCGCCAGUACGACUCGGGUACUGCUUGUUUUACGUUGCGGCAUGGCAUGUGGCCGCAACGUCGGGCAUUGAUUGUGGCAGGUCCGACACUGCCUGUGUCACGGAAGAGUUGGCAUUGUUGCAGCACCAACUGGCUGCGGGAGAGGAACACGGAGCCAUGGCGGAAGGCGAUGACAAGGUGCGGCGUUGGCGGCGAAGGCAGAGGCCCAGGAGGCGCUGGCGGAGUCGCAAUUACAAUGUGGGCAGUUACAAGGCCUACUACUACGGAAAGCAAACGACGACAACACGCAUCGCCACAACGACAACAACGACCACGGUUUCCGCCCCGUCUGUGUGGCUGCUGGCGAAUGCGCAAGACACGUGCGACGACCUAUGCAAGUUCGAUGGGUAUGGCGGCUGCGGCGCAGCUGAGAUCGCUGGCAUCAACUCGACACAAGCUGUUGCGGCCCUCAUGCUGCAGGAAUUCAACAUCACGUGCAAUACCAACCCCAACCGAAACGAAGACUUUGGCAUCUUCUACGCCAGCAACGAUGAUUGCUGGUUUGUCGAUGGGACCGUGGACUGCAGUCAGGGAUUGUCUAAUGUCGGAAGGCGCCCGGUUUGCUACUGCGAGGGCACCACAUCAACCACCACUCCGGAUGCGGGAUGGGCUUUUGGUGAAGACCAAGACUCCUGCAACGACUUCUGCCGCUUCACCGGGUUCGAUGGGUGCAAUGCAUCUAUGAUUCAAGAAAUCAGCACAUACCCGAGAGCGGUUCGCUUGAUUGAGGGCUUGGGCAUGAAUCUGACUUGUGAUGCCGCCAUUCGGCAAAAGGAUACUGGCGUCUACAUCAAUCCGAGUAACAUCGAUCCAUUCUUUGCGCAGUGCUUCAGUGUCAGUGGCACCGUCGAUUGCGAUGUCGGAUUGUCGAACCUUAAACCUUUAUGCUUCUGCAGCUCAACCACGGUAACGACAACCCUAUCUGUCAAUUGGCAGCUUGGAGCUGUGGGUCAGACCUGCAACGACCUCUGCACAAACGGUUGCAACGUGUCGGAGAUGGAGCAGAUCUUCCGGAUGCCAAGGGCCACGCGCUUGAUCGAAAGCAUGCUUGCGAGGAGAUGUGUUCCGGGUGGCGGAUCCCGGUCGAACGGCAUCUUCUUUGAUCCAACGACGGGACAGGAUGGAAAAUGCUUCUACUUCGACCCCGGAGCUGUGGAUUGCAGCGCGAACGACAACCCUACAAAGGAAGCUCCCGUGUGCUACUGCAAUCCGGCUGCUCCUGCUCCUUGA